AUUAAUAAUAAUAAACUCUUUUUCUCUCUCCCUUCCCUUUUAUUCUUCCUUUUUCUUUACAUUCACUUUUUGCUGUAUUUAACAACUUUCCAUUUGACGUUUGCUUUCAUAAUAAACAUUAAUUGACGUUUUUUUUUUUUCAGAAACCCUUUUUUUGUAAGACAAACAAACAACUUUUUUUUUUAUAUUCACAAAAAAAAAAAAAAAAAAAAAAUUGAAUGCACAAACGUAAUUUAGUUCAUGGUCAUCAUACGGUUGCUAUAGUUUUUCUCGUUAUAACUGCAAUACAUGGAACAAAAGCGCAAAGUAAACUCUCGGAGUGUAGCCCAAUAAACUGUGUAGCAGAAUGCGAACCCACAUGCAAGGAUGAAGACGUUUGCAUGUUGCGCACAAUGACACAAUGUGGUAUAUGUCCACCGUCUGUUUGUUUAAAUCGUGCUGCUAUGGGUAUACCACCGCUGGUAAAGGAGUCUAAGCCUGCUUCCAAUAACUCGGGGAUGAUUGGUGGUAUUGUAGGUGGCCUAGUAGGUCUCGGUCUAGUAGUUGCUCUAGCUGUAUAUUUAUAUAUUCGACGCGGGAAGAAAAAGGGCCAAUUACCUUUUGCUUUUACGAAUAGGUCGGGUAUGAGUCAAGAUCAGCAAGUACAUUAUCAACAAGCUUCUCCUCCAACUACACCGCAUCCUGGUGUGGUUGCAGCACUAAGUCAUCAACAUCACAAUAGUCUGGACAUGUCACCCAGAUCACCACUACCACCACCACAUGCGUUAAAUACAAUUAAUACACCCUUAUUUAAUAAUACUAAUACAAAUGGAGAUGAUAUAUCACCCAUUGCACCAAUUAUUACUACUACUACUGUACCGCAAGAGUUCGAAGAACGCAUUGCACUUCAAAACAAGCGAAUUUCACACAUUUUAAAUAAUAAUCCACGGUUAUCUCAACAUCAAGCGACAUUUGCACAGAUCCAGACAAAUUUCGAUAGUGGACCCAGCCAACGCAACAGUACAAUGACUUAUACGACGGAUGAUGAUAGUGAAUAUGAUUACGAGGAAAAGAUCACUGUCGCGAGUCGACAACAGGCACCGGCGGCAGCAGUUCAAGUGAAUCGAGCCAAACCUCAAAUCAUGCGCGUCAAUUCUGUCCGAAAAAGUGGAAUUGGAUUAAACCGUAGUGACUCUGUUCGAACCAUUAUCACGCCUAUGGCUGAAGAUGAUCUUGCAAAUCAAUUUCCUCAAAUACCCAGUCAUAGGAUUGAAGAUCCAUUCCAAGAUAAAAAAAUAGAUGAUAAUGAUAAUAAAUAAAUAAUUAAAAAAAAAAACAAUUGUUUUGUUAUGU